CAAAUCAAUCAAUCUUUGCCCGGCCUUUUAAUUUUACUUACACAUUUCAUUAUAAAUAGAAAGUAAGUACUCUGUGCUUACACACAAGAUCUACUCAAUAUUUUUAAUGUUUAUUUUAAUUUCAAUAAAGUAAAUAACCAAAUGCCUCAAACAUUCCAAGUUUUAAGAUGUUACAAAUGUUCUAUUUUUCAGGUACAUCAAGUGAAAAAAUCAAACAAGUACGAGUGUAAAUUGUGUGGUGAAAAGCAGUCGAUCAAACGACACUAUGGACUUGGGUCUGGCAAGGAAUGCAGACUUCAUGUCCAGAAACUCAAUGGGAUUAGAGGAAACAUCGACGACUUAGACAACUCACUGGCUUCUGAUGAUGAAAAUUGUGAAGAAGUCAAAAAUAUUAACCAAAAUGAUGAUGUUGUAAAUUCGAAAAAAGAAAGCAAAUGGAUGGAAUAUCUUGAUAAAACCGAAAUUGACACAUGUGAAUCUAACAAUAAUAUGUAUUUUAAUAAUACAGAAGUAGUUUUAGAAAUGCGAUCAAAGCAACGUAAGUUUACUAGAAAUAAAAGUAGAUCUUCAUAUAAAUUCAAAGACCAGGAAGAUGUAUUACAAAGAGAAUCAAUUGAAGACACAAUUAUAGAAUAUCAGCCCAAUGAUACUUCAGAUAUCAGUAAUAAAUUGCAAUUGGGGAUAACCUCCACUAGUAAACAAAUGGUAAGAAAAACAUUUAUUCCACCUUCAUGUAGCAAAAUUUCUAAAUGGGCUAACUACAUUGAUGAUGCAAAAAAUGUUGAUGAGGGGGGAGCCAGUGCGGAUAUGGAAAGAAAAAAUUUAGUAAUUUCAAAUAAUGUGCUUUUUAACAGUGAACUUACUGAUAAGGAAACAAAUGAUUCACAAAUAAAUUUAUCUAUGAACAAUCCUUCUAGAAACAAUAAUAUUAUACAGUCAAAAAAUAAUCAUCAAUUUAAUUCAUUGUCAAUCAGAAAAACCAUUGCUAAAAAUCCAACACAGAAAUUGUUUUCAUUAUGUAAUGACAAUGAUUUGGAUAACAUACUAGACAUUUAGAUAUAGUGUUGAUAGGUACAGUGAAAACAUAUUUUUUUUUUAAUAAAAAUAAAUAAACAUA